UCAACUUUGCUUUCACUCAUGGACAUAAAUACCAUAAUCGGCGGUUGAUAAUGAACUAGUUAUUGUAUUCUCAACGUACCAUCAAUUUUAGUCUGACACUCGUGAUUAUUGGUAGUUGUCAUGUUUUUGGAAGUUAGAACGAAUAAAGGACAUGCGCAUUGAUAAUAAACGUGGCUACAGAGAGAGCAACAGAAAGCUUAAGAAAGAAAUAUUAUUAAAUAGUUAUCGUUAACUACAAACUGGGCGGUCAGUUUAUAAUCAAGUGAGGAUCUAAGAAAUUAAUUCGGAUGAUUUAUUUGGAGAAAAAAUAGAACAAGAUCCAGUGAUCGGAGAGUUAUUUAAAAGAAUUGUAUUACUAUCGGAAAAGAUUUUAGAUAGUUUUAAAUAUGUUCAUUUGCCACAAAGGACAAUAUUAAAUCAAUCCAAUUGUGAUUAAAAGUAUGUAUUGAGAUUUUUAUUUAUUAAAUGGAUUUAAUUUCUUUUAAAUGACGAGCAGUGUUUUGAUAUGGAAAUAUGUCAUAUAAGUAAAAUUGACAAUUAAUAAUCACAAUAUUUCUGAGGGAAUAUUCAAUACAGAGAGUUCAUGCGAAAAAAUGCAAUUAUCGAAGCAAAUAUUGAAUUUUAAAGUGGAAAAGAAAACAAACCGUCGGUAUUUAUAAAGUGUGUACAUAAAAUUAAAGCGUUGUUUACAUGGAAUAAAGUGGUAAAGAGUGUCAGUGUGUUCCAAAUCGAUCUGGAUAUUUGUUGGACUUCUAACUAGCAAAGAUUAUGUCAGUUAGAUAUGGGUUAUUCUCUUCAGGACUUACAAAUGAUUCGGGACUAUGAUAACAAAUUUUUCUAUAUUGGACCUAUCUUCGGAUAGUCCGAAUUAUACAAUUUUUGAUACUUUAAACGGUACAAAUGGCUCGAACAAUACUAACGAAGAGGAAACUGGAAGCGGCUAUCAACUGGCUGAAAAAAUUAUUAUUGGGACCAUAUUAUCUCUGUUCAUUAUCUUAGCGAUAGUCGGAAACAUUUUAGUCUGUGUUGCUGUUUUUACGGACAGACGUUUAAAGCAUCUAAAUAAUUUAUUACUGGUAUCGUUAGCUAUAGCAGAUUUACUAGUAGCUAUCCUGGUGAUGACUUUUGCUGUUAUCAAUGACAUUCUUGAUAAGUGGAUAUUCGGAGCCACAUUUUGUGAUAUUUGGAUAUCUGGCGAUAUCAUGUGUUCCACAGCAUCCAUAUUAAAUCUCUGUGUCAUAAGUCUCGAUAGAUACAUACACAUUAGGGAUCCAUUCCGAUAUGAGAAUUGGAUGAACUGGAAAAAGAUUGCCGCCAUGAUAAGUGCGGUUUGGAUUAUGUCUUGUGCGAUCUCGUUCAUCCCGAUACAUUUAGAGUGGCAUAAGAACGCAGAGGAUAGAGGGAAACCAUUGGAGGAAAAUGUGUGUGCCAUGGAGUUAAAUCCAGUGUAUUCAGUUGUUUCGUCCACAAUCAGCUUUUAUAUUCCUUGUAUUGUAAUGUUAGCUAUUUAUAUACAGUUAUAUUGCUACGCACGUCGACAUAUUAAAAGUAUAAAGAAAACGCAAACACCACAGUUUGGUGGUGGCAAAAAUAGUUCUAGCCAAGAUCACAAAGCAGCAGUGACUUUGGGAAUAAUUGUAGGCGUAUUUUUAUUCUGUUGGUUGCCUUUUUUCAUUAUCAACCUCAUAGCUGCAUUUUGUAAAUGUGUUCCUUUAAUUCUAUUCAAAAUAUUAACAUGGCUUGGAUACGUAAAUUCGUGCUUAAAUCCUAUUAUUUACAGUAUCUUUAAUCAGGAAUUCCGAGACGCCUUUAGACGAAUUUUAUUCCCAAAGUCUUGUGUCUCCGUAGAACAUAGAAAUGGUUACGCCUAUCGUAGUCCUAACAAUUCCUAUGCUAAACCUGAAUAUACGAUGAGAACCGUGGAAAACGGUUCACAAACAAAAGAAUUAUUGGAAAAGGACAAGGUAACUGCUUUGUGAAACUACUUGUGAUAAAUGUAAAUAUACCUAUUUAAUGAUAAUCAUUAUUUAUAAUCAAGAUAUUUUAUUUAUAUAAAAAUGUAUUUCAGCCAA